GGAUAUUGAUUAAAUAUUCAAGCGCCUCGACGUCACAAGAUGGCCGGAGCUCUGGAACUGCCUGAUAAUGAAAUCGUUCAAUAUUUAUGUGGUUGCGGAAAGUGGAAGUCCAUUUACAGGCUCUACUUGUGUAGACAUUGUUUUAAAAUUAGGUGUGCCGACUGUGUUCUUCACGAGGUUGACUCUCCAUACUGUCCCAACUGCCUGGAGAAUAUGCCAUCAGCAGAGGCCAAGCUGAAAAAGAACAGGUGUCCAAACUGUUUCGACUGUCCCAGCUGCGGUCACACUCUGACUACCCGGGCGACAAGCCAGAUGGUGUCUAAUCCUGAGGACCCUGGCCGGUCGACGCCCAAGAAGAUGUACUACCUGGCCUGUGGGUUCUGUCGCUGGACCACUCGAGAUGUAGGCCUGCAGGACAAACCCACUGCCAGUGGUGGAUGGGAGGAGCAGUUGACCCCAGAUGCUGCCAGGUUGCAGUCUCUACUGGAGCAUUACCAGCAGGUGGCUCAGAAAGAGAAGGCAGAGAAGGAGAGGAAGAAGUAUGUACGACGUCGCAGCCAUCUUAUGUACGCGGCCAGUAUGGAUAAGUAUGGACUGGUAUCAGUGGCUGCCAAACGCAAGGGCCUGUUAGCAGCUCCGGCUAGUAGCAUCAUCAAGGAGAAUGAAGAGAUAACUCUGACUGCCUUAAAGGAUGCUGAAACUGUGAAUGGAUUUCCUCCCCUGGAUGAGGAAAUCUUCACACAGCCAAUCCACUUAGAAAAGAAGACUACUCUCCAGCAGAAGCUGGCCAAUGCAGAGUUCCAACCCUCUGAGACAUGCAACCUGUACCCCAGACAUAAACCUCUACUGAUCAGACGCUCACUUAGGUGUAAGGAAUGUGAACACAACCUGAGCAAGCCGGAGUUCAACCCCCUGUCCAUCAAGUUCAAGAUUCAACUGAUUACUUUACUCCACAUCCCUGAGAUUCGUGUGAUGCCUGGCGCAGAAUUCCACCCGAAGAAGGAGACAAAGGUCAUCCUGACCUUCACCAACCCAGUGACCAUGAACACGAAGAUUCAGUUCCAGCAGGCAGAGGGAAAUUUUGGGGAACAUGUCACAGCAAAGAUUGAGCUACCGAAGAAGGAGCUAGUGUUGGCCCACCGUGAUGAUGCCACGCUGUAUGAUGACAUGGCCAGUCAACAGGAGUUCAAGGAUGACUCAAGUGUGGUUGCUUUCCGUAAGGCUAACAAGCUUGCUGUUUAUUUCAAAGUGACCCCCCUGGUGCAGGAUGGAGAUGUUAAGGUGUGUUUCAUCUUGAAGCACAACUACCGUAGUACGGCCACGGCCCUGCCCAGUGAGAACCAGGAACAGCAGAUUGUGUGGCUGGAACAGCGGGUGGCCCUAAACCUGGGGCUAAUAUCCCCACCAAAGUAGACACAUCGUCAGUAUUGACCCCAGGAAUAUGGACACUCUUAACCCAUUCCCGCUUAGAUAAGCAUUUUGAUGUGUUUGUUGAACCUUAAAAAAUUAAUUAAAUUUAAUACCUUUCUUAGUAGAUUAACUUUUUAGCUCGGCUGUCUUCGGAGAAAACCCGAGGUAUUGUCAUAGCCAGCUCGACGUGUUGUGUCGUCCGCCAACCUAAAACCUUAACAUUUUGUUAACCUUUUGAACAUUGGCUGUAAAAUCAAAGUGCUUCCACCUACAACUUUGAAACUUCAUAUGUAGAUGCACCUUGAUGAGUUCUACAUGCCACACCCAUUUUUGGGUCACGAGGGCAAAGGUCAUUGUGACCUCUAAAAAAAAACAAAUUCUGACAAGCUUUCAUUUAUUCAAAACUGCACUCACAGCAGAGCGUUGACCACAGUUAUGCGGUGCUCUUGUAAAAGACUUUAUUUCAAACCCGUAAGUACUGAUGAGCAGCAAACAGCAUAAACGUGAAUAGGCUGCUAAUUACUCACAGGCUGUUCUGAUUUUAUACUGGUUGCAUAAAGCCAUUAUCAGAGCGGGAAAUGUUUAACCAUCAUGGCUGUUGUGUUUAAAUUGCAAAUGUGUCCCUUGUUAUGCACAAAAACCUAUUUUUCCAACUUAAGUUGUAAUAUAUUUGUGCUUAUGUGACUAUUCAUUGAAAGUGAUUAUGUUUUUGAAAUGAAUUAUUAGGAUUUAUUAUUUGACAAACACCAUGCAGACCACCAAUGUUUUUUUUCCCUCCACAUAAGAAAGAGGUUAUACAGAUUCGCCCUUCAAGGAAUGUAUGUCAGUCAAUAUUUUGUUUGUGAGUACCUCUAAUGUAGUAAAACUGCCAGAAUGAUGGAAAAGAAUAAAGCUAUUAACCAACAUGUGAACUUGCACACCUUCAUAUUUUGGUUCAAAUGUUUUCCAUUUACAGCAGUUGUGGCCAUAUUUAAGUUAAAAAAUCAUUGUGUUUUCUAAAACUGCAAAGGUAUUUUGCUUCAAACAUAGUAAUCAGCAUGUGAACUUGUGCACUUCUAUGUGUUGAAUUGGUCUUUUUUACAUAGUUCUUGCCAAUUGUAAACCAUAACAAUAAUACUGUUGCAUGAAACUGUACAAAUAUCGCUCCUAUAGUGGUGAAACUGUGCAAACAUAUUAACUAGCAUGUGAACUUAAACACCUCAAUAUUUUGUUUUUUUCUUUGCUAUGUAACUUGAGUUAUGGCCCGUUUUUUCUAUAAAGACAUUUGUAACUGACUUUUAACGGAAAACACAUUGCUGCAAGAGUGAUGAAACAUUACAAACAUAAUAUAUACCAGCAUGUAAUCUUGCGUAUCAUGGAAUUUAGUUCCAAGUGGGAUGUUGGGGGCAUUGGUGUACAACAGAUGCAUGUCUAGUCAUUUCAGAGAGACACGACUUCUAUUAUAUUUGACUCUAGAUUGUGCUAUUAACUGUUUAGUGCUUCUUAUGACUUAAAAAAAACAUAGUUAUAGACUAACACUCUCAUUGAAUGUUUUAGACAAAAUGUUUUUGAAUGUUUAACAGUUUGUUGAAAAAGUGUGAUGCAAACUUGUUAUUUGAAUAUUUGUGAACAUUUAUUUAAGCUGUAUUAUUCUUGCAACAUAUCUUCACUGUAUGUAAAAAAGUACUAUUAAUAGAUGCAACUCACUAAUGUCCACAAUGUUAAAUGUCAGUUUUUUAUGACAUUUGGUAAAUAUUUACUUUAAAGUUCAUAUACAGUAUAUGUAUAUGAAAUCAAUGGAUUUAAAUAGGCUAAUGUGAUCAAAUUGUUUAUAUAGACAUUUGACUUAUUAAGCCAAACACAUAUUUGGCCAUUCACCAAAAUGUGUCAUCUUGAAUGUGGUGUUCCAGUCUGAUGACAUAGGUCUACUAUAUCAACAUUGUAUAAGCUUUUUUGAUUUAUUUUUUAGCUCAACUGAGCACAUUUACUAAUUUAUGACUGGUUUUCUUAAGGUUUUUUGUUAGAUAGGUUAUUUGAUUUUGUUGCAUGAAAUUACUUCAUCAGUAUUGCUUGGGUUGGUAUAUACUAAAAUAGUGUUCUUUAUUACAUAUUUAUCAGCAGUGACAUACAGUUGGUAAAAACUAAGUUGAGGUAUCGUAUAGACAUCCACAUAACUGUAGCUGAAUUCACAUUCUUCUAUUCAUAAUUAUCUUAUAUUUGGUUUGAUGGCGUGUAUUAAUUUGUAUCACAUGCUACACCUGGUUUUCUAAGUAAUGUAACUAUUUAGAACAUUUAUAUUUAAAACAUGCGUAAUUUAGAUUUUUGAGCUUUGAAAGUUUCUGUUCUUUUACUGACCAAUCAUCAUGUGUUUGUCAAUGCAAUGUCAAGCGGAGUCACACAAUUUAAAGAACUUUUCAGUUUUAUCAUGAAGUUUAUGUAAAUAUUAAUUUGCUCUGCUUAUUUAAAAGCAUGUGUUAAGAUCUGACACUGUGCCAUUUCAUACAAUGAUUUAUUAAACUUGAUAAGGGCAUUUUAUAGUAAGUUCCCUAGAGGCUUAUUUUCUAUCAAAAUUGCUGAACUUUAAAAAUAAAGUAUGGUAUGAAAUGACAACUAGUGUCAGAUUAAAUAUGCGUAUAUGUAUAUUUUACCGGUAAUUUAUGUUGACUUUUCAUGAUUUUGUGUUGUUCUAUUUAGACAUUAUUAUUUAAGGAAAUGCAAUGGGAAAAGAUCAUUCAUGAUUAUGAGGCUGCACGCUAAUGAGAAUACCAAUUGCAUUCAUUUAUGCUAUUUAGCGAUAUGAAAAUGCAUGUGAUGACAAUGGUUACUCUAUGUAAUAAAAGUUAUGGCAUACAACUAAAACAAAACAAUAAACAAAGGUAUAAUAAUCAUAUACUUUACAAAAGAUGGUAACAUCUCCACAAGACCAUUAUGACGUAUGUAUUUUAUGUAUUUAGUCCGCUUAAUUAAAUAAAUAUUGAAUAAGAUAA